GCCCCGCCCCCCGCCCCGCCCUCGAGGAGGAGGAGGAGGAGGAAGAUGGCGGCGCUUGGCCCCCUCGGCGGAGGAAGCGGCAGCGGCGGAGCGCAGCUCUCCGCCGGGACCCCCCUCUACGAGACGUAUUACAAGCAGGUGGACCCAGCCUGCACGGGCCGGAUCGGGGCCGGCGAAGCUGCCCUCUUCCUCAAGAAGUCGGGGCUGGCCGACAUCAUUCUGGGGAAGAUCUGGGAUCUGGCCGACCCAGAGGGCAAAGGCUUCCUGGACAAACAGGGCUUCUUCGUGGCGCUGCGGCUGGUGGCCUGCGCCCAGAACGGGCACGACGUCGCCCUCACCAACCUCACCCUGGCGCUGCCUCCGCCAAAAUUCCCCGACAGCACCAGCCCCCUGCUGAUCUCCUCCUCCUCAGACGCUCACUGGGCCGUCAGGAUGGAGGAAAAGGCCAAGUUUGACGGCAUCUUUGAGAGCCUCCUGCCCGUCAACGGCUUGCUCUCGGGGGACAAAGUGAAGCCGGUCCUCAUGAACUCCAAGCUGCCUCUCGAUAUCCUGGGAAGGGUCUGGGAUCUCAGUGACAUCGACAAGGACGGCCACCUCGACCGAGACGAGUUUGCCGUGGCAAUGCACCUGGUCUACCGUGCACUGGAGAAGGAGCCCGUUCCGCCUGCCUUGCCCCCGCCCCUGGUGCCCCCCUCCAAGCGGAAGAAGGCGCCCUCCCUCCCCGGGGCCGUGCCCGUCCUGCCGGCCAGCCCCCCGCCCAAGGACAGCCUGCGCUCCACCCCUUCGCACGGCAGCGUCACCAGCCUCAACAGCACUGGCAGCCUCUCGCCCAAGCACAGCCUCAAGCAGGCGCAGCAGCCGCCCGCGUCCUGGGUGGUCCCCCUGACCGACAAACUCCGCUACGACGAGAUCUUCCUGAAGACGGACCUGGACUUGGACGGCUUCGUCAGCGGCCUGGAGGUGAAGGACAUCUUCAUGCAUUCGGGGCUGUCCCAGAACAUCCUGGCGCACAUCUGGGCCUUGGCGGACACGAGGCAGAUGGGGAAACUGAACAAGGACCAGUUUGCCCUGGCCAUGCACCUCAUCCAGCAGAAAGUGAGCAAGGGCAUCGACCCCCCGCAGGUCCUGCUGCCGGACAUGAUCCCCCCGUCGGAGAGGACCGCACCUGCCCAGACCGUCCCUGGCUACUUGGCUUCCGUGGGAACCGAGGUCUCGACGCUGGCGGAAAUGCGUCGUGACAGCUCCAGUUCCGUCGGCUCCGGGGGCGAAUUCACCGGCAUGAAGGAGCUGGAUGACAUCGGCCAGGAGAUCGCCCAGUUGCAGAGAGAGAAGUAUUCCCUUGAGCAAGAGAUCCGAGAGAGGGAAGGAGCGAUUCGGCAGAAGACCAACGAAGUACAGGAGCUUCAGAACGACCUGGACCGGGAGACCAGCAGCCUGCAGGAGCUGGAGGCGCAGAAGCAGGAGGCUCAGGGCCGCCUGGACGAGAUGGAGCAGCAGAAGGCCAAGCUCAAGGACAUGCUGAGCGACGUCCGGCAGAAGUGCCAGGAGGAGACCCACGUGAUCUCGUCGCUGAAGAUGCAGAUCCAGUCUCAGGAGUCCGACCUGAGAUCCCAGGAGGACGACAUCAGCCGGGCGAAGUCGGAGCUCAGCCGGCUGCAGCAGGAGGAGUCUCAGCUGGAGCAGAGCAUUCAGGCCGGAAAAGUCCAGCUGGAAACCAUCAUCAAGUCUCUGAAGUCCACUCAGGAGGAAAUCAACCAGGCGAGGAGCAAGCUGUCCCGCUUGCAAGAAAGCCACCAGGAAGCCAACCGGGGCAUUGACCAGUACAACGAAGCCCUGAACGGGGUGCUUGGCGGCAGCAUGACCAACCUGGCGGAUCUGAACGAGGGGAACCCCCAGAAGGAGCGGGGCGGCAGGUUCGGGACCCUGGACGACCCGUUCAAGAACAAGGCCCUCCUGUUCAGUGGCCACACACAGGAGCUUCCCGCGGACCCUUUCCAGGCGGAAGACCCCUUUAGGACGGACCCCUUCAAGGGCGCAGACCCCUUCAGAGGCAGUGACCCCUUUCAGAACGACCCCUUUGCGGAGCAAGCCCCCGUGGUUGCGGCGGCGGUGGCAGCGGAUCCCUUCGGCGGAGAUCCGUUUAAGGAAAACGAUCCCUUCCGUGCCGCAGCGGCGCCCGACGAUUUCUUCAAGAAGCCUGAGAAGAGCGAUCCGUUCACCGCCGACCCCUUCUCCAAAAACCCCACGCUGCCCUCCAAGGCGAACUUAUUUGAAAACAGCGACCCCUUCCAGUCUCCAAGUGUCGUCGCAACGGCUCUGAAAGGGCCAGAUCCUUUUGGAACGCUAGAUCCCUUCGGAAGCAGCAGUUUCAACAGCGGCGGGGGCAGCAGCGAAGGCUUUGCCGAUUUCAGCCGGAUGUCGAAGCUGCCGGCUUCCGACCCGUUCUCGGCCUCCUCUUUCGGGGGCUUCCCGGACGACCCCUUUAAGGGCAAGCUAGACACCCCCGCCCUCCCUCCGAAGAAAGGCUUGCCUCCCAGGCCCAAACCGCCCAGUGGUAAAUCUCCUCCUGUCAUCCAUGUCGGCUCUUCCGAUUUUGACAAGCCCCCCGACCUGUUUCGGCCGUUCGGGGCUGACACCAGCGACCCCUUUCACAGUAGAAAGGGGUUUGGGGACCUUUUUAGGGGGAGAGACGGAUUUUCUCCCCCCUCGGCAGGCAAAGCUCCCAAGGACCCUUCCUCCACGGGAUUUGCUGACUUCACCUCUCUUGGCAAUGAGGAGCAGCAACUCGCCUGGGCGAAGCGAGAGAGCGAGAAGGCGGAGGAGGAGCGCCUGGCACGGCUGAGGCGGCAGGAGCAGGAGGACCUCGAGCUGGCCAUCGCCCUCAGCAAAGCGGACAUGCCCGCCUCCUAGGGGGCUCCGGGGGGGGCCUCCCUCUCCUCCCCUUCCGCCGCUCCCUAGACCGCCGUCUCCGAUCCGCCGACCCCGGUCUCCGUUCUUUUGACGCGACGAAGCGAACCGCCUCCCUCGUGGCACCGUGUCUGGCGCGGGGAAGCCCCUCUCUGCGGGGAAAAGGACGCAGGACUCGCACGGGGAUGCCGUCUCCUUGCACGGACGGACAGGUGGGGGGCUGCCCCCCAAGAAGCUGCUCCCCCACCCCCUGGUGAACUCAGCCGGCCGUUCCCCCCCCCAUUCCUUUUUUUGCCCUCCGCCCGGCGGAAAAGACCCUGGACCUCUCGCUCUUCGAAACCUCCUGUGGGGGGGCUUGGAUCUUGCUCAGCUGUGCCAGCCUUGGGGUGGGCAUAGGACAGAGUGGGGGGAAGAAGGGGGUCCCACCCAGGCCUUCUCCCCACGGCGGGGCACCAGGAAGACGGCCUGCUCUGCCUUUUUUUCUUCCUUCGCAGCGCUCUCAACGUGGAUUCCUUUGCACCCCCUUUUCUCUCCCCCCACAAAACCCCCCAGGCACCCCGAUUCCUAACGCUCUCUUUGAUCACCCAGGAAAAAACCCACUGCUAACAGCCCCCGCCCCCCCGGCAGCCUCGAACGUUCGGUUAACCAGCACCUAUUCAUACCGAAACCAGGGGAACUUAAAAUACGUUGCAGCCUCGAAGGGCAGGUCGGUGUGUUUAUAUCUCUCUCUCUUUCUCUGUAUUUCUGCCUGAAAAACAUCCUGGAAAGUCUCGAGAAAAACCACUGGGGGGGCCAAGCGGCGUCUUCUGAGCUGUGGGGCAAGAGGGGGGUCUCCGUUCCAGAGCUGGGGGGGGCAACGCGGGCGAGAGCAGGGGGGCAAAUUCAGGGCUGCAAGCGGGUUCCUUUUGGGCACAUGGGUGGGGGUCCGAGUGGCGUGUUAGGGGGCCUUGUGUGCCCCCCUGAGACGGCUCCUCCUCCUGCAAUAGGGGCGUCUCCCCCUCGAAGGGGUUCCCUCUCCCCCAGGCCAGGAAAACCUCCAGUUUCCCAGCCUCUGUGCAGAGAUGGGACCCCCUAAAUUCUGCCCCCUUGCCCUCCCCAGAACAGCUUUUCCUCCUUCCAUCUUCCCCAGGGGCCUCUUGACCCCGGUGCCUUUGCCCUGGGGGGGCUGAGGGGUCCCCACCACCCUUCCCCACCCAUCGCGGGUGGGAUGGGGGCUUUUCUCGCCCUCCCACCCCCUCUCCAAGAUGCCCGUUCCCCCUAUGGCUGCGGGAACCAAGACCGGCUCCUUCCUUCUAGCUCCGGCGGAGAAUCGGGGCCACCCUUUUUGCCACGGCCACAGGGAGACACCCCCACCCCCGCGGGGGUCCGCCCCACGGGCGGGAGGGUCCCAUUGCCCCACAGAAGCACCCAGAGACACCAGCCCCCUUUGUGUGGGGAGGGGUUCGGCUGGCCAAACGGACGGGACAAAUUCGUGCGCCGAGGCUUCCGGAGAGAGUCGGGUCCUCGGCCGGUUCUUCUUUGGAGGAGGAGGAGGACCCAAAGGAGAACCCCCUGUCCCUCCCACACACACCCACACCCCAGGGAGGACCAGAUCCGCGCCUUCCUUUGGGGUCCCCAUCCGCCUCCACCUUGCGGGCUGAGAAGCUGGGAAAAUGUGCCGCCGCAGCCUCCAGAUCUGUUACAAUUUUUUUGUAUUUUUAAUUUUCACCACCCUCCACCGGUGUAUAUUGCCCCCAUCUGCCGUCUCCUCAGCAGCCCCCCCACCCCUCCAGGACGCGACCCACCCCCUUGUGAUAUAGAGAAAUGUAGAUAUAUAUAGGAGAUUUUAUAUAUGUAUAUAUCUGGGGGUGAACGUGCCGAAGGACCUUGUCUCCGAGCGCUGCCCGCUGCGAAAACGU